CCCAUAGCAACACGAAUCGACAAAACCAAGUCUUAGCGACGCCACACUUCAUUCAACGUCAAACGGCAAUCAUCUGCAGAAAUCAGUUCCUGUCGUCAAAUAGAACAAAAAAUAACCCAGAGCUAUACGAAGAGAUGGUAGUGAUCCACAUAAAACACCGCGACGAGAGCCAAUUCCUUUUCGAAUCAACCCUAAAAACCCCAGUGGACAGCUUGGUAAGUUCAGUGGUGGCCGUGUACAAUGGCCGACUCAAGAUCGACAGGAUAUGUUGUGAAAUCGAAGAACUCGCCAAGCACGGCACUCUGUACCCGCCGGAAAUUUUGGGUUUAACCGAAGAUCAGGUGGAAGAAAUGAACCUGGAGGAUACUUUCGGUGAAAAAUGCAUUCCCAUGGGCGGAUUUACCUAUAAUAAAGAUCCUAUCGGAAGGAGAAAUGGAAAGCAACCGAAUAAGAAUAUGCAGGAUGUGUUAAGGAACGCUGUAAAGGAUGUUAAGGAGAUGAUUUCUAAAAAUCUUGUACUUCGAGAAAAGUGUCUAACGAUGAAAACCGUGCAGGAAGCGAUAAACCUCCUGAGAGGAGCAGUUACCAUCGUGUACCCCAUGAAACUGCCACCCCACGAUGUCAUUCGAAUGGAAUUCGAAAAUAUCGAGGAUUUGGCCGGCACUCAAGCGUCUCUAGAGGUCAUCGAUCCCACUACAGCUCAAAUUUGGUUUUGUGGUAAAGAAAUGUAUAGGGAUGGAAAGACAGUGGGUGACUAUGUUGGUAAAAUAGAAAACUGUAAAGUUGUAAUGAAGAUCUCGAAGAGAGGUUCCGGUCCGCCAGCCAGAGAACCAAUAAUGACAGAAAACGAGAGAAAGCAAAUGAUGUUACAUGCUUAUCGAAGGCAGGAAGAGCUGAAGAAAUUAGAUAAAGACGACGACGACAAUUAUAUGAAUUCAACAUGGUCCGAUAGCCAGAAUUUGAAAAAAACUUUUCAUGGAUUGCACAAUAUUUCCUGGCGUCCAUAAAUGUAAACAUUUUUUAUUUUAAACAACAUUUACGAAAUGUAGAUUUUUACUAGGUAAGAUAAAGCAUUUAAGACAAGUUUUGUAAUGGACAAAUUUCGAACAAAAAUUAUACAAUAUUUCAGUACAAUUUUAAACUCUUGACAGCGCGGCGAUAUAAAAACUAAUAUAAUAAAUUUUCAUUUUUAAAUGUUUUAUCUUAUCUAGACUAGUUUAUUAACUCAAAUAUAUUAUGGCAUUAAGUAAC